AAAAUAGUUUGAAUUUGCCAUUUAUAUAUAGAAAAAUUUACAUCAUAAUUUAUAUGUGUUUGUUUCAUUUAAAUUCAUGUAGCAUUACUGUUUCACUGAAAACAAGGUAAUGGGUCAGACACUGUCUGAACCAGUCACAACCAAAGAUACUAAACUUUUAUGUAGCAAAGAUUAUCUUGUUGGUGUAUCAUCUAUGCAAGGAUGGAGGAUCAACAUGGAAGAUGCACUGACUGCCAUUCUGUCUUUAGAGAAAGACAAAACUGCUUCAUUUUUUGCUGUUUAUGAUGGACAUGGAGGUGCACAAGUAGCCAAUUAUUGUGAAAAGUAUGUACAUUCAAAAGUAACAAGUGAUCCUGCGUUUAUGAAUGGCAAGAUCGAGGAGGCAAUCAAAAAUUCAUUUCUAUCCAUAGACGAAGACAUGUUAAGUGAAAAUGGCAUAAAAGAUGACACAGCAGGAUCAACAGCUAUUGUUGUGAUUAUAAAAGACAAUAAAAUAUUUUGUGGCAAUGUCGGUGAUUCCAGAGCAGUAGCAUCUGUACAAGGGAAUGUUCAAGAACUAUCUUAUGAUCAUAAACCUUCAAAUGAUGAGGAAACACGAAGGAUUGUCGCUGCCGGAGGAUGGGUAGAAUUUAACAGAGUUAAUGGAAAUCUUGCUUUGUCGCGUGCACUCGGCGAUUUUUGUUUUAAGAAGAAUGACCAGAAAUCUGCUGUUGAGCAAAUUGUAACUGCAUGGCCCGACGUCAUUGUUAAAGAUUUAACACCAGAACACGAAUUCCUUGUUCUAGCUUGCGAUGGUAUUUGGGACGUUUUAUCUAACGAAGAAGUUGUCGAGUUUGUUCGUUGUAGAAUUGCACAAGGAAUGAAGCCAGACAAGAUUUGUGAGGAACUCCUUACACGUUGUCUGGCUCCAGAUUGUGAUAUGGGUGGCCUUGGAUGUGAUAAUAUGACUGUUAUAUUGGUAUGUCUGUUGGCCAAUAAGAGUUAUGAAGAACUUGUUGUCAAAUGUCAACGUCCUUCAUCAUAGGAAAUAAUGGUGUUAUAGUUGGCCAGUCACUCGAAUACAUUAAGUUGUUUAUUGCUCAAUAGCGCAAUCUCGUUUAACUAUUGGUUUCAUCUACUUUUGAAUCAACAGUCUUGUUCGAAGAGUAUAAUAUCUACCUAAAUAUACUUUAAUGGCAGGCACAUUGUUUGACUAAACUGAAAACUCUACGGUUCUCUGCAAUUCAAUAGAUGAAAUAUUUUUAGCUUACAAUUGUUAAUUUUAAAAUACUCGCGUUAAUAAGUUUUAAAGCGUUUUGUGUUGCGUGAUUAAAUUGUACAAAAGUGAUAGAUGCAUUGCGAUUCAUAAAAAGAAUAAUUAUUCAUGUAAUUGUAACUUUGCAUUACAUUGACUGACGUUUUCUUCAUUAAAAGAACUAAGACCAACCGAUCGGGAUAACUUAACAAUGUCCCUCACAUUGCGUUGGACAUAAAACAAA